CGGUGAAGAUGUCGUCUGGACGUGCAGGGAGCGUGUUGCGAGACUUCUGGGCAGUAAAGACAACUCUACUGGUGGUGAUCUGCCCCCUGGUGCUUCUUCCUCUACCCAUACUGUCAAACACUCCGGAGGCAAAAUGUGCGUACGGCCUUGUUCUAAUGGCUGUGUUUUGGGUCACGGAGAGCCUCCCCCUGGCGGUGACCGCACUUCUCCCUGUGGUUAUCUUCCCUUUGAUGGGUGUCAUGAAGGCUCCUGACGUAGCUGCGAACUACAUCAAGACUAAUGAAGAGUUCUCAAGCGACUAUGUUCAUCAUUGUUUGACUCUCGCCAUUGCUGUCGAGAACUAAAUCCACAAGAGGAUCGCACUGAAACUCACUAUUACACACGUCCAACCAAGAUGGUUGAUGCUGGGGUUCAUGCUGCCGACAUGGUUCCUAUCCAUGUGGAUCAGCAACAUCGCCACCACCGCCAUGAUGAUCCCCAUCGUCAGCGCCGUCCUUGACGAACUCCGGGAGAUUAAUUUCAAGACAAAUGAGGACAAGUUGAAAGGACAGAAGGAGCCUAAAGCAGAUGAGACAAGCCCAACGAAUGAGUCUGACUUGACUGGCACAGAUGAGGAGAAACAAAACACACCAGUCAGCGAGAACCAGGAAGCCACGCCCCCUCCCCCAGUGUUCGACCCCACCGACAGAAGCCACGACACCCCGGAGUUCACACGUGUGUGUAAGGGCUUCUGUCUGUGUGUUGCCUACUCUGCUAAUAUAGGCGGCAUCGGGACGCUGGCAGGAUCAGCACCUAACGUCAUCAUGCAGGUCCAAGCAGACUUACUCUUCAACAAAUAUGGACUUGAGUCGGGUGUGGACUUUGUAAGCUGGAUGUUAUUAGCCCUUCCUGUGUCCGUGCUGUGCAUUGUGUUGGCGUGGAUGUGGCUGCAGACGCUGUACCUGGGGAAGUCGUCUCUCUUAUGCUGCAAAGUGAAGUCACGUGAUGGGGAGGAGGCGGUGAAACGCCUCAUCAGACGGGAGUAUGAGAAACUAGGCCGCAUGUCCUUUGCCGAAAAGGUUGUACUGAUUCAUUUUGUCAUCCUGAUCCUUGCAUGGGUCACGAUGUCCAUUCCCUACGUCGGGGGAUGGGGGAUGUUCUUCCCGAAAGGGUACGUCGGAAGUUCCGUGUCUUCCAUCUUGGUGGCCACCAGUCUUUUCGUCUUUCCGUCAAAACGCCCUUCUGUCUUCUGUUGGCGCAGAUCAGAUGAUAACUGUCAUUUCACAGGUGAAGCCUCACGAUCCGUACCGGCACUGAUCAGCUGGAACACAGUGGAGAGCCGGAUGCCGUGGGGGGUGCUGCUGCUCAUAGGGGGAGGGUCGGCUCUCGCUGACGCAUCUCAGAAAUCAGGACUAUCCGCGUGGAUCGGCAGCCAGCUGACAGUAUUCAGUUCCCUCACCCCCAGCGUCAUGAACCUGAUUUUGUCCCUGCUUGUGGCGAUGACCACCGAGGUGACCACAAACAUCGCCACGGUUACACUUUUCCUGCCUAUCUUGGGAAACCUGGCCCUAGCACUGAACGUCAACCCCUUGUUUCUCAUGUUCCCUUGCGCUGUCGCAGCAUCCUUCGCCUUCAUGUUGCCAGUGGCAACGCCUCCCAACGCCAUUGUGUUUUCCAAGGGCUAUGUGAAAGUGACAGACAUGGCUAUAGCGGGUCUUGGUAUGAACGUGGUGUGUGUGCUGGUGCUGGCCCUGGCGACCAACACAUGGGGCGACGCCUACUUUCACUUUCUCACGGUUCCCAAAGGUUUCCCAUCGAAUUCUUCUGCAGCUGCUCUCUGA